CAAGGCGGAAGCGACGCCGGCGCGGAACUCGCUCGGCCGCAGCCAUGGCUGCGGGUGUCCCCUGUGCUCUGGUCACCAGCUGCUCCGCCACCUUCACCGGGGACCGGCUGGUGCAACAUAUCCUCGGAACAGAAGAUGCUGGUGUGGAAGCAACUUGCGGUGACACGGUGCGGUUUUACCCCUGGACCAUUGAUAACAAGUACUAUUCAGCGGAGGUCAAUCUGUGCGUGGUGCCCAGCAAGUUCCUGGUCACUGCCGAGAUCGCCGAGUCGGUGCAGGCGCUCGUGGUUUACUUUGACAGCACACAGAAAUCGGGUCUUGACAGUGUCUCCUCAUGGCUUCCCCUGGCAGAAGCGUGGUUACCUGAGGUGAUGAUCCUGGUCUGUGACAGGGUGUGUGAAGCUGGAAUAAACCGACAGAAGGCUCAAGAGUGGUGCAUCAAGCACGGCUUCGAGCUGGUGGAGCUCAACCCCGAGGAGCUGCCCGAGGAGGACGAUGACUUCCCUGAAUCUACAGGCGUAAAGCGGAUUGUCCAAGCAUUGAAUGCCAAUGUCUGGUCCAAUGUCGUGAUGAAGAAUGGUGAGUAACUGGAUGUUGUCGUUUUUACCUUGU